GUUGAGUCCACUCUUCCUGAAGGAGGGGUGGAGGGACUGCAGGUGGACAGCAGAAUCAUCGGCCUCAUCUACACAGCCAAAAUGAACAAAAUGAAAAGAGACAGACCAAGGCAUCACAGAGUCAAAUCCUCAUCUUCACCUGUCAAGGAGGACACAAAACAGGGUCCAGAUGUAGAGACAGCACUGAAAGCAGUAGAAGAGGCUCUGUCUCAGGCCUCCGAGAACAUGGCCAAUCUGGACAACAUCCAUCAGACUCUGGUGAAAGGUCUGACGGUGCAGGUGAAGAGAGAGAAGGCCAGACUGCUGAUGGAGAUAGAUGAGGCUAUGGACAGGGCCUUCACCAUCCUCAAAAGAAGGAAGGGGGCGUUGGUGGCGGAGCUGACCAACAUGGAGCAGCACUUCCCGUCCAGCAGGAGGGAACUGGGCCGGGUGGAGGAGAGGAUGAGGGCCCUGGACACGGCCAUGCAGAAGGCCAAGCAGGUCGGACAGCACCCCUCCCUGGAGAGCUACUGCGACCUGGAGCAGUUGCUGGAGACCCUGCAGGCGCCUGUGGAUGUCCAGUUGUUUGACCUGAAGUGUCUGUCUCUGGGCUCUGGACUGAGCUGCAUAGCUCAGCAGGAUGCACUGGGCAGGAGUCUGAAGGCGUGUCUGAAGAUCAACAUUGGGAAUGCCAAGAUUCUGACAGAAGAGCCAAUCCACAGAGACAGAGGAGACCGAGAGAGGCCCCAGGAGCAGCAGGAGAGCCAAAGGAUGAUGAGGCCUCCCCCGCCCAGCACCAGAGAGCCUGUUCCCCCUCGCCAGGAGCAGGACAGCUUGAGGAUGACUAGGCAUACCCGGGGCCUCUCUCCCAACCCUGGCCCUCGCCCCUUCCCCAGCUCCAGCCCUGUCUCAGACUCCGGACCCAACGUCAUCAUAGAGGAGAUUAUAGAGGAGAUUGAACAAGGAGGAGAAGGGGAGGACGAAGUCAGUUUGAAAUCCUGCCAUCAAGUCACCACAGCCUCAUCCAAAACCACUGCAGCAGGGUUCUCAACUGGAGUUGUCCCAGCCCACCGGUCUGAGCUGCAGCAGGCCAGUGAGAGACAGAGAGCCCAGAGGAGCAACAAGAAGAUCCAGGAGGAGCUCCUCCAUGUCAGUCAGGGGAAAGUGUUCCAGGAGUGGGUGAUGGUGACCCAUGUGGUGAACCCUAACCACUUCUACAUCCGCCACGUGGCAGAGCAGAGGGCCUGUAUUCUGCUGUCCAAGAAGAUCAACUCCCUCUGCUCUGGAGAGAGAGGACUGUUCACAGCCAGCGACAUACUGGAGACUGGCUCCACAGUGUUUGUGAAGUGGAAGGAGGGGAUGUGGUGUCGGGCCACCCUGACAGAACUGUUCCAGAGAGGUCACCUGGACCCGGUCCGCAGCUGUCCUGUUCCCGAACUUCACCGUAUCAGAGUCUACUUCCAGGACUACGGCUUCUGCCAGGGAAUCGCCAUGCAGAGUGAGGAGGCAGGUCCAGACCUGUUCAUCAGGGACAUGAAUGAGCGUCUGAGAAGAGUGGACGUGGCCGGCCAAUCAGAAAUGAGCCGCUGGCUCCCUCAGGCUGUCAAGUGUUCCCUCAAGGACAUCGUGCCUGCGGACCUGACUAAAGGCUGGAGUGCGGAGGCCCAGGAUGAGUUUCGUCAUGUGGUGGGCUCAGCCUCAGUAGAGAUGCAGGUGUUUGGUCAGGAGAGAGAUGCUCUGCUGGUGGACCUGAAGAAAGCCCCCAUGGACAGCGGUUCCAGCAACAUGCCCAUGUCCCUCCGAGAGUACCUGGUCUUCCUCGAGCUCGCCAGGUUUUACUCUCCGGUGGCGUGGAAUGCCAAGACUGUGCCGUGUGGCAGGAGGCCUCUCCAGUUCUACCCUCCUGUCUUCCCUCGUACCAACGUAGAGCUCAAUGCUGUGGUGUCCCACAUAGACACACCCUCACACUUCUACAUCCAACUGGUUGACAACAUGGAGUUCCUGCUGCUGACAGCCAAGCUGCAGGAGUGUUACAGCUAUGACUGCCCCAGCAGGGGGACCAGAGGAGAGGACCAGGACCUGGAGGUCUACUGUCCUAUCCUGGAUCAGGCCUGUGUGGCACGCUUUGACGACAAGGUCUGGUACAGGGCCCAUGUCAUAGGUAUUCCCGGGGGCAGGAAGGUGGAAGUCCAGUUUGUAGACUUUGGCAACAAGAAGAUUCUGUCAGUCAACGACCUGAGGAAGAUCAAGGAUGAGUUCUUUGCCCUCCCAGCCAUGGCCAUCCAGUGCUACCUGGCUGAUGUGAUUCCUCUGGAAGAGGCUGAGAUGUGGAGCGACAUGUGUACAGAGAAGUUCAAGAGUCUUGCUGACCAGAGACUGGUGACCGCUGUGGCCACAGAGGCUGGUCGAAGGGGCAGGGGUCUGCCAGUCAGGCUGUUUGAGACCAGUGAUUCCAGCGAGCCGUUAGCAAACAUCGGAGAUCUGCUGGUCAAUGACCAGCUGGCCUGCUUCAAGAAGGGCAUCAAAUCUAAGGACACCCAGGCCCCGGUGGUAGACACCACAGUGUGGGACCCUCCAUUCGAGGGUCUUCUGGGUGAGUCUGAGCCAGCCCCUGCCUCGCUGGGCCAGGAGACCCCAGAGCAGGACCCCUUAGAGAUCCAGCCCUACCUGAUGCUGCCGGCCAACCUGAAGGACAUGAAGGUCCGGGUGACCCACGUGGUCUCACCCGGGAGCUUCUACGUCCAGCUGCUACAGAUGGACACCCAGCUCAAGAGGGUGUAUGAGUUGUUGAAGCAGGAGUAUGCCCGUACAGAGCCCGAGGAGAUGGAGUGGAAGGCAGACAUGUACUGUGCUGCCUACAACAACGGGGUCUGGGAGAGGGGCCAGCUCUGCUCUCCUGUUUCCCUCGGCUACAUUGCUGAGGUGGUACGCUGUGAUUUUGGCAACAAGGUGAAACUCCACGUGAACAACCUGAGACCACUGCUGCCCAGUCUGGUUGGCUGUCAGGUGCUGGAGUGUUCCCUCAGUGACAUUAGACCUGCGGGUGGUCGUUCCACCUGGACAGCCACAGCAUGUGAUUUCAUCUCCUACUACCUGACGGGAGCCAUGGCCAUCAUGACCAUCAAGGAGAACAAAGAGCAGCGUCCGGUGCCGGUCUCUCUGUACUGCUCCAACCGGGCCGGGCAAGACGUCAGCAUCGCAGACUUCCUGGUUAGUGAGGGCCUCGCCCUGAAAGAGAGGAAGCCACGAGCGUCCCCCAUGCCUAAACUAGAGGAGUUAUCAGACUCCAAGUUCAAGGGCCUUCAAAACAGGACACCUAACACAGAAAACCAGCCCACUGCCCCUAUGCCUCCCAAGCCGGCCCCCCGUACCAAGCCCUCCCCAGAGAAGGUGAAGACCCAUGCCUACUGCCCCCCUGAGCUGCCCCACUGUGGACGCACUCAGAUGACCAUCUCUGCCAUCGGAGAGGACGGACUCAUCCACGCCAUGACUCACCACGCAGGGCGCCAGUUUGAGCAGCUGCGGGAGCGUCUACAGCAGCACAUAAAGACCCUGCCCAGGCUGAAGCCCUAUACCUGGAAGAGUGUCCUGGGCUGUGCUGUCAUGGGCUCUGACAUGCUCUGGUACAGAGGGGAGGUGCUGGAGGUCAUCGGAGGUCACGUUAAGGUGCGCUACGUGGACCAGGGUCUAGUGGAGAACAUCCCAGUGUGUCACGUCUACCCCACGGUGCUGUGUGAGGACAUUCCCCAGCUCUGUAUGCCCUGCCAGCUGCACGGAGUCAUCCCUGUGGGCAGGACGUGGCAGUGGGAUGCUGUGGCUCUGCUGAAAGAGCUGCUGCUAAACCGCUGUGUGGACAUGCAGGUCAUGGAACUGCCUGAGGACCCUCUGGGCUGUCUGACAGUACAGAUCUCUCUGGAUGGCAUGACUCUAAGCAGAAUCAUGGUUCACCACCAACACGCCUCUGUAGACCAGGCUAUUGCAGCCACGCAGGAGGAGCUGGUGGUGUCAUCUCGCCUAGAUCUAGACGACUGGGACAUUGACACAGAGGGGUUGGAGGACCCAGAGCCAGUACUAAGGGUGUUCUCAUACCCAGACCUGCCUGAGAAAGGAGAACGCUUCCGGGUCAGGAUCAAACACCUCCGGACCCCCAACGAGGUGUUCCUGUACCCCUUAGAUGGCAGUAGUUGUGAGGAGUCUGGUGGGGAGAGUCUGGAGGAAGCUCUGAAGAGAGUCCAUGACAGGAUGGACCGUCUGGCCAUGCUCUCGGACUUCUCCAUUGAGGCCCCGUGUCUGGCAGAGUACAGUGAUGGGAAGUACUACCGGGCCAAGCUGCUGGGCUUCGCUGGCCUCAACCCUGUCAAGGUCCUGGUCAGACACGUGGACUUUGGCUCUGACGACACCCUGCCCACACACAAGCUGCGUCAGAUCCCGGCCCAUCUCCUGCGGUUCCCCUGUAAGGCCAUCAAGGUGCGGGUGGCGGGCUUCAGACCCCCCCGCCUCAACCUGGAGAAGGAGCGCCUGUCCUACCGGCCAGAGUGGAGCAUGAAGGCUGCCCUGGAGAUGAUCGACCUGCUGCACAGCUGCUGCACCGCAUCCGUUACCGCCACUGAACCUGAGCUGUCUGUGUUCCUGUAUGACGAGGAUGGAGCUCUGGUCUACCUGCCUCUGGUGGAGAAAGGACUGGCUGACUUUGACUGAGACACACUACAGCAAGAGAGAAAGAUAUCUGCUGUGAUGUGGACGGGUUCCCUGUUCGUUCUGCAUUGUGAGAGAAUGCUGCUUGAAUAUACAGUACAUGUAAAUCUUAACAUUGUUUUAUUUAAAGUUUAGAUGUUUAUUUAGCAGAAUGUAGCUUUAUUUU